UUGCCGGUGACGGUUGUCCUUUUCCGGUUCAGGUAUCCGGGAGUGAGUGAAGUGGAUCGCUUGAGCUGGAAGUGUAUGUGUGUUGGCUAUAAGUAGGAGUCAUUGUUGUACCACAUACAACCACCUGAAAGGUUCAGGGGUCCCGUUGAAGUUUAAUAACUGGGUCAACAGUCUUUACAGCGUUUUUUGCGCCCAUCGAAAUCCGAAUGAGGCUGAAGUUUUGAGGAUAAUGUGAUUCCAAAACCACUCGAAAUUAAACCCACAAAUCAUCCAGUGAGGCGUUUAAUGAAGCGAAACGUAUCUAUACGCAGUGAAGAAAGAUGAGAUAGGGAGAAUCUAAGAUUUUAGAAGGUGUGAUUGGGGUUUCUGUAUUUCGCAUACAUUAAGGCGGGUGUGGGAAACGAAAAACCGCCAAUAGGUGGUGGAAUAACAAAAAAAUAAAACAAAACGGCUGGAGGGCGUGAAAAGUGAAACAGCUCAUAAAAAUAAAUCAUUGUAAGAAGUAUAAAUCACGCGUGGUGCAAAAUUCCUCAGAGAAUCCCCAGUUACUUAUUUGGGUUCUCACUGUAAGCGACGUGAGACGGGAAACCUUACGCAAGAAUUACCGGGGAAAAAAUGUUAAUGUGUGUAUACUUUGCGGCGUAUUUAUAACCUGUCUCAGCGCCGAACGAAGGGCGUUGUUUUGGAAGAAAACUCGGUAUCAUGGGAUGGCUGCUGUGGAUUUCCGAAAUUGAAAUAUGUUUUGUAGAAUUUUGCAACGUUUUUCGCUAGGAUUGGAAAGAAAGCUUUGAAUCUAUCCGGAGGCUGAGGAAGAAGGAGUGCGUCUUAAGCCCAAGUGUUUGUGAAUAUUCGCAUCGCUUUGAUCGUUGUUUCCCCUCCAGUGAGCAAUAUGUCGUGUUUGAACAUGGCGAUGGUGUGGAAAUAAAUGGGCCAUUACGCCCCUUUGAUACGAUACCCCCGGGAUUUGGGCGCCAAGUGAUUUGUCGGUUGUUCUGUGGCAGCAAAGGUUGUCUACUAUUCAAACCAGCCGAUAUUGCAUAAACAAACACACUGACUCCACGCUGCCGCUGUGAUUCCUAGAUGGAAAAUUGGAAUAAAUACUUCAUGAAAAUAAAUCGGUUCUUCGACAUGUAAGUUAUUGUGUUAGGCUUCUUCCUGAGACACAGCGUACAAAUCAUGAUGGAAGUUUUUGUUGUGCACUUGUUCCUUGUUCAGUAUACUUGAGUGGCAAAUUGUCGAGCUCAGGAAAAUUACGAUUUGAUACACGCAGUUCAAAGUUCAACGCAACCAAUAGCAGAGCUUCUGGCAAUUUUGAGGUGAAACUUCCGAGUGAAACUUUCCUGUGGCGUCGAGAUAUUGGAACACGGUUGGUAAACAGCAGCAGCGAGCCGAAAUCCUGCCAUCAUCAUCAUCAAUCUUGGCGCGCUUCGAGGGAUUUGGGUCAGCUCUGGGUUGGGUGGGCCUGGUGGUGCUUUGGUAGUGGAUGGGCUCACAGUUGUGAUUGGCUCCAGGCAUGGGUGUUUUUUGGCGCCGUGGUCGGCCUGGGCCAAAGGGAGGGGCAAGUGUGGGUGUUUUGGGGGGUUUUACCGAGUGUCAGUCAGCGAUGAUCGGCCAAGGAGACGCGGCACCUUAGCGGAAUGAAAAGUGAUACGCGCAAUCUAUUGCCCAUAGAAGAGUGUCUAUCAAUUUCGUUCUAAAUAAUUGAUUUACGUUCGGAGAAUUGAGCUGAGGCAUCGAAGUUCCAGUGAUUUAAUCUUUAUUCAACGAGUCUCGACGAAUAUGUGAAUGGUGUAGACAGGAAGCAACAAGUGUAAAAACCUACUUCCGGCGACAGUGUUAUUGAUUACGUUUUUUUCCCUGCUCGACGAAAACGUGGUGGCACCAGGAGCGUAGAGGGAUAUCGCAGCAUAUGGGUGUUGUUUUUCCUUUGUUCUUCAUUGGGUCUGAUGGUCUACUAGUGUUUGUGUGAGUAUUGUUGUGUAUGUGAUUCCAGUGAAGUGAAAGUCUUUGCUCGUCCCAACCAUGAGCGAUACGGUUGAGCUGGAACGGCUUGUGAACUGUACACAGGCGGCAAUCCAGCGAUAUCCCUGGAGCACCGAAUUUAAUGCAACAAUUGUUGGGGAGCUGAAUCGGACCGAUAUUCUGGAUGUUCUUGGGGAAAUGAUUACUCGGGGACGCCAAUACGUGCCAAGGACCAAGGACGAAGCGGUGACGUUGAGGGAGUUCAUCACCGACUGUUUGUUUCCGACGGCCAAGAGCCCUUACGAGUUGCCGUGGCAGCAGAAGAUGGCAUGGGGCGUCGUUUUCGGGGCCAUGCUACUGGUGGCCAUUACCGGGAACAGCAUCGUGCUGUGGAUUGUUUUAGCCCACCGCCGGAUGCGAACCGUGACCAACUACUUUUUGCUGAAUUUGAGCGUGGCCGAUCUGCUGAUGUCCUCACUAAACUGUUCCUUCAACUUCAUCUUCAUGCUCAACUCGGACUGGCCGUUCGGGGCCGUCUAUUGCACCAUCAACAAUUUUAUGGCCAACAUGUCGGUGGCUUCGUCCGUUUUCACUCUGGUUGCCAUCUCCCUGGAUCGCUACAUCGCCAUCGUCCAUCCGUUGCGGCAUCGAACGUCCCGGAAGAAGGCCCGCCUCUUCCUGCUGAUAAUCUGGGCCCUGAGCUGCGUCCUGGCCGCUCCCUGUCUCAUGUACUCGACUGUGAUGACCAAACGCUAUCACAACGGUAAAACGAGAACGGUUUGCUACAUGCUGUGGCCUGACGGAAGAUAUCCUACCUCGAUGGCAGAUUACAUCUACAAUCUGGUGUUCCUCAUCCUUACCUACGGCAUCCCGAUGCUGAUAAUGAUCGUCUGCUACUCACUGAUGGGCCGGGAGCUUUGGGGCAGCCGCUCGAUUGGGGAGCACACCGAGCGUCAGCUGGAAUCGAUGAAGUCGAAGAAAAAGGUUGUGCGAAUGUUCAUCAUCGUGGUUACGAUUUUCGGCAUCUGCUGGCUCCCGUACCAUCUAUUUUUCGUGUACGCCUACCACAACAAUCAGAUGACCUCCAGCAGCUACGUGCAGCAACUGUACCUCGGAUUCUACUGGCUGGCCAUGUCCAAUGCCAUGGUCAAUCCGAUCAUCUACUACUGGAUGAACAGCCGGUUCCGGGUUUACUUCCAGGAAAUCAUCUGCUUCUGCUGUCUGCAGUUCCUGAAAUCCCGGAUGUCCAACGGGAUGCCGCAGGGGGUGCUGUACAACAAAAACUCCAACUCGGAACUCGGUCGGCAUCGGUCGUAUCACCAUCAUCGGUCACUUUCGGUCCGGUGGCGACCGCAAUACCACAGUGCCGAGGAGUACCGAAUGCGUCCGACGGCGGCAGCCGGAAGCGGAAAUGGAGGGCCCGGUUCUUAUCCGCUCCAUCAUGGUGUCAUCGGUGGGGGAGGAGGAGCAGGAAUUGGGGCCGGCACAAAACGGUCCGUGGUCAGCGUCGUCAAUGUGCUGGAAAACAACAACAAGCACGAGCCACUGCAUCAGACGACGGACAUCAGUGAGCUGCAGGCCCUUAACUUCCUGCCUCGACACGGGAAUUCCUCCCAGGGGUCCUCGUCCCAGCAUCAACACAAUUCGCAACAUUCCUCCAGUAGCCACAGCCACGAGUACUCCUGACAUCCGCAGUACGACUAAGCGAGUUUCUAGUAGGUAGUUCACAUAAGCAGUAGCAGAAGCCGCUCAACCCAUACUUUAACUUAGAGUUGAGGAGAUUAAGGUGCUGUGUUGAGGGGAAAUUGUAUAGUCGGAUAAAAGGUUGUGUAUUAAUUGAACAAAUCGGUACUCCGCAGAAUCAAAUCAUCCAUCCCGCAGACCUGGCAAAUGAAGGAGAAACGUGAACCUUAAUUAGACCAUCCAUUUGGAGCCGGAUGCUCGAAACCAUGCAGAUAAUGAGCGGCCUCGAAUGAGUGGUUAGAGGCCGGUAAAUUCUUGGCACCCCGUCAGAUAACACUGGUCAACACGAAAUUUCCUCCAGAGCUAACUUAUUUCAAUUUUCGUAAAUUUUUAUUGAACCUUUUUAUGGUGUCUUAUGAUCAAGUCAAUUUUUUUGGCUAGGUGGCACUAAAGUGUGCAUCAAUUUUCUUACAAAAAAAAGCAUUAACAGUAGACUGAGUCGAUUUGGGGUCAUUUUUGAAUUUUUCAAAGUGAAGUCUAGAAAAAUUUGUUUUGGUUUUAAACUCAUCUAUGAUAUUUUGCAAAAUUUUAAAGUAACGUUUAUAUGAGUAAGUUUGAACUAAGGUUUGGAUAGGAAAAUUGAAUAUUUAGUACUGAAAAAUCAACAUCAUUUUUGUUUCUUCUGUGGAACCGAGCCGGCUAAUGGGUUUGGAGCCAUUUUAUUAAUUUUCUUAAGUAAAUUUUCCGCAAAACAACUUUGUAGAAAACCGUAACUUCGUAUCUUAUUAUACAAAAAAGUUUUUAGCUGUUAAACGGGGGUAUGUCUUUUGGCAUUGAUGAACAAUAAAUUCCAUUGAAAUCACUGCUGGGGCCUUGCGAAGUAUUGCAUGAAAAGUAAGUCAUGCAAUACCUUGCUAGGCAACCAGCAGUGAUGUCAAUUCAGUUUAUUGUUUUUCAAUAUCAAAAGACAUACCCCCAUUCAACACCUGAUAACUUUUUUGUGUAAUAAGAUAGGAAGUUCCGGUCUUCGACGAAGUUGUUCAGCGGAAAAUUUUCUUCUAGAGAAAUUAUAAACUGGCAAAAAAAAAACAUUCGGUUCGUAUAUUUUGACGCUUUACCAUUAUGUUUACUCCCAUUAGAAAAAAACUGAUGGAUGAUUAUGAUGAUGAUGAAUGGAAGAACCCAGGAGAAUUAUCGCAUAACUUGGGUCAUAAUUUAUGAAAAAUGAUGUUAUUUAGUUGGCACUGGUGAUGGAAUAUUUCUUUCAAUUUGCGGACCUGUGUAAUCCAUACAUCAAUCUGCCUUAUCAAUUAGAAAAUUUAUUUCAAGCUCAUUAGUGAGAGCAUCGAAAUUCACAAAACCAUCAAUCAAAACCAUAAGUUUGAGUGAAUAAGAACUCAGAUACUGAACUAAUUAUUUUUUUAGCUUCUCAUUGAGCCAUAUGAAUCCAAUCAUAUUUGGAUAUGGAUGAUUAAGAUUAA